UGGAGAUUGGCGGCGCACACGGCUGCAGAAAUAAAGGAGGGACGAAGACAUAAGGGAGGCGGUGGUAAUCUCAAAGGUUUCAUUGCUCCGAGGCAGGGACAUGGACAUAAACUUGGCACCUUGUGCUUUCAGACAUUAAUGGUGGAUUUCUGAUCCAUGGCGUUGAUUUAUCCCGAGGCACCGACAAGGUGAUGCGGCAGCUGCAGGACGGGAUUGGUCCGCUUCACGACUGCCAGCUACAUGCCUUCACUGGAUUUUAAAAAAGGCACAGCACACGUCCAGCACAGGUUUAAUUUGUUUAUUAAAACAAGGCAGUAUGUAGAGAGGACCAACCGCUUCAACGUUUCGAAGCACCACGGCUUACUUUUAUUAUUGGAUAGGCUAGUCAGGUUGGCUCAUUGAGAGACGUUGCCACGGCAUCAAGUGGAUCAGGCCUGUACUGAAACACCGUCUGUUCACUCCGCGAUAUUUACCGUUUGAAACGCAUAAUGUCACGGGGGAACUUUGUUGAUCUCUUCUAUAUACAACAAAGCGUUACGGAAGCUUCUGAUGCUUUCACAGUAAUUACACAUUGCUCUGUAUGCGGUCGCGGUAUGUUUAGAAGCUUGUGAUAGUAUUCUUUUGAUUUAACAAGCUGUUUUUGGACCGAUAACAUUUGAAUUGCAUUAAUUACAUAAUUAAUAAGUCCAACGGGCGGUGAGGGCGGAGUCAUCGUUAAUCUUGCAGAUAACGACACGACCCAACGCGCCUGGACAUCAAGAAGCACUUGGAUCAAAGCGAGGAUCAUGGAUCAGAAUGAUAAAAAAGACCCUCACGAGUAAGAGGAAUCGGUUCUUCAGAUGAACAGGACAGCUUCCUUUUCUAAGAGAUAAACGGACAUCUGGCAGUAAAGCUUGCAUUUGCCGCAAUGAGAUAAUAGUGUGGUUUAUACAAAACAACCUUGAGCCUUAUCCCACCAUAUUCCAUUAGCAAAAUAUGACCACACCAGCUCUUUUACCACUCCUGGGACGUAGGAUACCUACCCUUUCGCCAGGUGCCUCCUCAUUCCCCCACCAUAGAGCUACGUUACGGCUCUCGGAGAAGUUCAUACUCCUCCUCAUCCUCAGUGCCUUCAUCACCUUGUGCUUUGGAGCGUUUUUCUUUCUCCCAGACAAUUCCAAACACAAGCGUUUUGACUUUGGUUUGGAGGACGUGUUGAUACCGCACAUUGAGUCUGAGAAGGAGGCUAGGCACGGCAGCAGACAGGUCAUACAUGGUGUGGGAGCACACGAUGAGCAUCGGCACAGGGAGGAGGAGGAGAACCUUCGUGACAAGAUCCGGGCAGAUCAUGAGCGGGCGCUACAAGAAGCCAAGGAGAAGCUCCGCAAGUCCAAAGAAGAGCUGAAGGCAGAGAUCCAGACAGAGAAGACAAAGGUGGCUGAGGACCUGAAGAAGAAAUAUGGGCCCAAUCCACUACCUCCAGUACCCAUGCCUAAUGUGGUAGGGGUCAACGAUGGUGACCCAGGGGACCCUGACAUCAAGGAAAAGAGGGACAAAAUCAGAGAGAUGAUGAAACAUGCGUGGGACAGCUACAGGCAAUAUGGAUGGGGCCACAACGAGCUCAAACCUAUCGCCAAGAAAGGACAUUCCACCAAUAUCUUCGGUAAUUCCCAGAUGGGGGCUACUAUAGUAGAUGCCCUGGACACUCUCUACAUAAUGGAUCUGCAUGACGAGUUUAAGGAUGGCCAGGUGUGGAUCGAACAAAAUCUGGAUUUCAGCGUGAAUGCAGAAGUAUCUGUCUUUGAGGUGAACAUCCGGUUCAUUGGAGGGCUUCUGGCAGCUUACUACCUCUCUGGACAGGAGGUUUUUAAGUUGAAGGCUGUCCAGCUGGCAGAAAAGCUGCUUCCUGCCUUCAACACCCCAACAGGCAUCCCUUGGGCCAUGGUCAACCUGAAAAGUGGAGUGGGGCGUAACUGGGGCUGGGCAUCAGCUGGUAGCAGUAUUCUGGCAGAGUUCGGGACGCUGCACAUGGAGUUUGUGCACCUGACAUAUCUGACAGGAAAACCUGCAUAUUAUCAGAAGGUGAUGCACAUACGGAAACUGCUGGCUAAAAUGGAUAGACCCAACGGGCUGUACCCAAAUUACCUGAACCCUCGGACAGGACGCUGGGGCCAGCAUCACACCUCUGUGGGUGGCUUAGGCGAUAGUUUCUAUGAAUAUCUGUUGAAGGCCUGGCUCAUGUCCGACAAAACUGACACAGAAGCGCGCAAGACCUACGACGAUGCCAUCGAGGCUAUCGAGCGCCACCUCAUCCGUAAGUCCAACGGCGGUCUUACUUUCAUCGGGGAGUGGAAAAAUGGCCACUUGGAGCGUAAAAUGGGUCACCUGACUUGUUUUGCUGGGGGCAUGUUUGCCCUGGGGGCUGAUGGGUCACCGGAUGAUAAGGCUGGACACUAUUUGCAGCUUGGAGCAGAAAUCGCCCACACCUGCCAUGAAAGCUAUGAUCGCACCGUGCUUAAGCUCGGUCCAGAGGCCUUUAAGUUUGACAGCGGUUUGGAGGCAGUUGCUGUGAGACAGAAUGAAAAGUACUACAUCCUCAGACCAGAGGUCAUUGAGACUUACUGGUACAUGUGGAGGUUCACCCAUGACCCCAAGUACAGGCAAUGGGGCUGGGAGGCAGCACAGGCUAUAGACAAAUACUGCAGAGUUAGUGGAGGAUUUUCUGGUGUUAAAGAUGUCUACUCCUCCAACCCCACCUACGAUGAUGUCCAGCAAAGCUUCUUUCUGGCCGAAACACUCAAAUAUCUGUAUCUGCUGUUCUCCAGCGAUGAGUUGCUGCCACUUGAGAGCUGGGUCUUCAACACAGAGGCCCACCCUUUGCCUGUCCUGCACCUAGGCAACAUCACCCUACCUGGCAGUGAGACCCAGCAGUAGAGUGGACUCGGGGGGGGGGGUGAUCUCCCCCUCACUCACCCCUUUUGUAAUACACCUCCCUCCUUUUGAAGAAUGCAUCUACCAGUGUAAAGGAGAGGAGAGAUCUUUUCCCACUGGACCACUGUCUCAUGGACUGUGAAUGAUCGGACUGUAGCGAAUGCAAGGAACAAAGACAGAUUGUCUUAACUCAUCCAUACCUCUCUUAUAUAAUGUCUGAAGGACAGACUGACAGACCAGCGCACAGAUUGAUCACAUGAUUCUCUCCUUGUGACCGUGAGCAUUAGGCUGGCCUAAGUGUGUGCUGCUAAUCUAACACAUAUGCACACACUUCCCUGACAGAUAAUAAACAGCAGAGCUGUGAGGCUGUCCAUUAUUAGACAAAAGGACCUUCUAAAAUGGAUGUGCGUUUUCUGUGCGAGGAAUUUGUGGAAUUUGUUUCUUUUUCCAAUUUGACAGCAUUUCAACUCAUCAGAAUGGUGAAUAAAUGGCUCUCGGAAAAGACUGCCUUUUUGGAGACCCUCAAACUCUGUACUGGAACUGCAGUGUGGCGGGCUUCUGGGGGGUUGUGGGUUGGGGGGGUUUGGGGAAGGGCACAGAUGUUAGAUGUUGAUAUCCUGUGAAAUCUCCAGCUGAGGCUGAAUUUAGGCCAGAGGCACCCAGGGAUGUUUUCCUCUCAUAUCAGGAUUUCUAUGUGUGCUUUUCAAAUAGUCGUUUGUCUCUUAACAAUCUGAUCCAUGUUUCAGUCAUGUUGCAGUGCUUUCGGAGGUUAGUGGGUAAAACAGCCCUCUGAUUUUUCAUGUACAUUUGCUGCUAUUGAACAACUGCUGCCUGUGAAAUCCCUGCGCUCCAUCUCUCUCCAUUCCCACCUUUAUUUUUAUCCCUUGUGAAUUAAAGGGAUAGUACACUCAAAUAUGAAAAUUAUCUCAUCAUUUACUCAUGCCAUCCCAGAUGUGUAUUUCUUCUUUAGAAGAUUUUUAGAAGAAUAUCUUGGCUCUGUAGGUCCAUAAAAUACAAUGAAUGGUGGCCAGAAUUUUGAAGCUCUAAAAAAGCACAAAGAGAGCAAAAAAGUAAUCAAUAUGACUCCAGUGGUUUAAUCAAAGUCAUCUAAAGAGACACUGUCAUCUUUUUCCAAAUAAAUCUUGACCGCAGUCGUCUUGGUAAUCAUGAUUUCAAACUCAACUACACUUCCUAUAGUGCCUCCUAGUGCUCUGUGCAUGUGUCAAGCAGUAGGAAGUGUGAUCGUGCCUAGAGACUGUAAUGGCAGGAUGUACAGUGAAAAAGUAGUUAUCUUUAGGUUUGUUUUCACCCAAAACCGAUUGGAUCGCUUAAGACGACGUGGAUUAAUGGAUUACUUUUAUGAUGCCUUUGUGAUAUUUGGACCUUCAAAGUUUUAGUCACCAUUCACUUGCAUUGUAUGGACCUACAGAGUUGAAAUAUUAUAUUUUAAAUCUUUAUUUGUGUUCUGUUGAAGUAAAAUGUCAUACACAUCUGGCAUCUGACAUGAGGGGGAGUAAAUGAUGAGAAAAUUUUAAAUUUGGGGUUAACUAUUCCUUUAAAGGAAUAUAUUGGGCACCAGUUUGAAACAACAUGAAUGAGUUGGAGUUUGGUUUGCCACACAAUGAAUCAAUAACAUUUGAAGCAGGAGUAGUUUUAAGAUAAGUCCUAGUACUAAAUUUAGAUGCUAAUGCCGACUGCUGACACAUUUGAUUUCAUUUCAUUAGGGAAGACCAACAUCAUUCAUCAACAAUUGUUACUAAUACCAGCCAGAUUUUCAUAAAAUACAUUGUCCAUGGCUUCGAUUUGAAUCCCAGAUUAAAUGAAAAACAAAUCUCUAAACUGAUAUUUGGUGCAAAGUUGCAUAAAACUGUAUAAUAAACUGGUAUUUAUGAAGGAUUUAGACUUCUAAUCUGAGUUUAAAGAAUUGCUGAUUUUGUCAUUCCGGUUAUUGAAUGCAUUUUCAAUAAAGUUGAAUGCAGAGGCAUAUGGAUCUCUCUGAAUAAUUCAUUUGUGCUUUAACGUGAAAUGCUCUUUAAUGUUUUAGUCCUGGGUUUAAUCAUGCUCUCACUCACCAGGCUGGAAAUCGUGUUUUGUUUUUCUCCUAAUCUGUAGAAUGGCACACACUCUGUCAGAGAAGAUUUAAUGUAGUAGGCCAGAGGCUAAAAAGCAAACUUUCUGAGUUGAUGUAUGUUUAAAAAAAAUUUUUCAAAAAGACUUUUCUUUCUCUAAGUUCAAGCUCCAUUAACUGGGUGGAUACUCGGUGUAUAUGUAGUGCACUAUGUGAAGGACCAGUUUCAUUAUCCUCCCAAAGCAUCACCUUCUCUCAUACUGAACCAAUCUGGAAAUGUCUACAAGAGGCAUGUCCUGUCCUCUAGAUGGUAGCAUUGGUGUCCUGCUGGCACUCUGUUUUCAUUGCUUUCCUUUUCUCCCUGGAAUAUCACUUUGACAAAUAGCAAGAGAAGCUCGGGACCACAUUUGUCCCUGUUGUUGCUGGGUGGAUUUAAAAAAAGCUGUUCUGUAUUUGUAUUUUUUCUGGAAAAAAUUAAAAAUAAUAAUAAUUGUAAAUAUGUUUAAAAUGCCACAAAUUCAAUAAAGAUGUUAAAAAAGUGAACUGAAUAAAACAAGACUUUAUUGUCAAUUUUUUUCUGACAGACUCAUUUGCGAUAUAAAGGAUUUGAGACCUUGAAUCUUAAAUCUUAAUCAUUUUGUGUCAUAACAUGUCUGUUUAAAAACCUGUAUAUUUCCAGGUUUAAAUGAAAAAUAAUCCCAGAUUUUGAACAUGGUCUCUGAUGCUUGGACACCUCUGUACAUAGCAUAUGUCAGAUCUUUUAUUUGUUUGUUUCAGUUAUGAUAUUUUUUUGUCCCUGAAAUGAUCACAUUUAUUUAGACACAAAAUACUUAUUUGUCAGUUUCAGUUUUGUUCAAGGUGUUUCAAUCAAAUGCUUUUUAAUAACUUUCCAAUAAGUGAAAGGAUGGUUUUUGGGGUAAACAGCCCCAUGUUGCAGGGGCUAAAGGCCCUCCAUAAAAAAACUAAAAAACAUUUGUUUUUCUUAAGUGGGAAAAUAGAUUUGUUAUGAAAAGUGCUUAAAGUUGACUCACAUUGACUGAUCCAAUCACAAUGGAGAUGCAUUUGUUUAUAGAAUGCUUGAGAUGUUAUGAAAUGUCAAAUGUGUUUUAAAUAAAAAAAAUAAUUAUGCACCCUUUUCUGAAGUGGGUAUUUUGAAUGAGAAAUAUCUUAAUUUGUUACUCAAAGCAUUGUGUGGGAUAAAAGGCCCCUUCACCACCACUUUAUUUUAUUUUUUUAUGAAUUUUAUUCAAGACAAUCUUCUGUUGUUUUUUCUUUUCAC